AAUUUAUAGAUCAAACAGCAAGUAGAAGAGUUAAUGAGUUGUGUAAGAUUUUAGGAAGAAUCUGAAUCUUUGUUGGAUGAAAUGGAAGCACUUCAUCACCUCUACACCCCUCCACCAGUCCCUCCUUACCCUCAGAUGAUAUGGUCAGCAAUUACGGCACUUGAUGAGCAGAAUGGCUCCAACAAGACAUCUAUAUCAAAGUUCAUUGAAUCAACAUACGGUGACUUGCCUGCCGGUCACAGUCAACUACUUUCUCACCAUCUAAACAGAAUGAAGGAAACCGGCGAGUUGGUGUUUUGGAAAAACAACUACAUGAAACCCGAUCCUAAUGCACCUCCAAGGCGUGGUCGAGGCAGGCCGCCUAAGUCAUCUAAGGUUACACCGCCAACAGGCAGUGUUGAAGAACCCGGCAAACCUAAUGCACCUCCAAAGCCAGUGAAACCAAAGCCCGCAGGAGCUGCAGGAAGUGGAAGGCCGCGAGGGAGGCCACGCAAGAUUGCGCGCACCAUGGAGGAUAUGCAUGGGACUACCACAUCUUCAUCAAUGGCAAUGGCUGGAGGAAGUUGAAGCCCGACUCUGUAACUGAAGAGAGUGUUCAAAAUUAGGUUGACUUGGAGUAUCUUUAGUAGUAAUUUCUGGACUGACCUUUAGUAAUGUAGUAAGUUGUACGGGUUAGGUUGUGUAUGUGUGCUUGUAGAAUCAGAUGGUCAUAGUUGUUGUUGAGGAACUUUAACUUAUUUUGUAGAUAAUAAUUUGCUAGUAAUUAACUUGGAACAGUUCCAUUUCCUUUAUUAAAUAAAUUUAACUUCUUUAACUCAA